GAGAUCAGGAUUCCUAAAUCUAGCUACCGAGAAAACUUUGGAAAACAGCCAUGAAAGACAUGAGAAGACAUCAAAUCACCGGAGAAGUGCAAGGGAUUUAGACCAAAUCGCUGUUAAUUAUUGCCAGUGUUAAUAGUUGAGAAGUAUUUAAGAGAAUUUCAUCACCAGCCACCAGGUAUGGAUAAGUUUGUGACCAAAACUAAGAGACAGAGAAAAACAGAUGUUCUAGAAUUGCUUCAGUUUCAAGUAUUCUAAGUUCACAAGUACCUCCUCCAUCUUCUAAUACUGAUGGUCCACAAGUAGUACUUUUCAUCCCUGCUCCUACUCUGCCACAGCAAGCAACUUCUAGUACUGUCCAGGAUGAGUUCUCGGUAUGGAAUCUUCAAUCAGACCCUGCAAUGAGAAAGACAAUAUCAAGUUAUCAUCCUAACGAUCAAGACAAAGUACGAAGAGCUUACAUGAAGAUGGGUCCUUGCCAACCUAAGAAUUUUCCAUUUCCACAGAAGCUAAUGGGAAAAAAGAACAGAAGAUUCAAUGAAGCUUGUUUUUUAAAACAUGAAAGUUGGUUAGAGUAUAGCAUAUCUAAAGAUGCUGUGUUUUGCUUGCCGUGUUACCUUUUUAGAAAUUAUGUUACGGGUAAAGGUAGCUCUGAUGCUUUUGUGAAUGCAGGUUUCUCAAAUUGGAAGCCGCAAGUUGAAAAAUUAGAUAAGCAUGUAGGAUGUCAGAACAGUGCACACAAUGAUGCAUAUAUGAAAAGUCGCGAGUUACUGCAGGAAACACAUCAUAUUGAGGCUAUCUAUCGUCGUCAAAAAGAACAAGAGAGUUUGAGUUACAUGAUUCGUUUGACAGCUUCAAUUUGUGUUACUCGGUUUCUUUUAUUGCAAGGAUUAGCUUUUCGUGGCCAUGAUGAAUCCGAUGCUUCACAUAAUCAAGGUAACUUUCUUGAACUUCUUCAAUACACAGCUGAACAUAAUGAUAGUAUCAAGAGUGAGGUUAUGAAAAAUGCUCCUGGUAACAACAAAUUAACUUCACCGGACAUCCAAAAGGAAAUAAUGAGUGCAGCUGCAAUGGAAACUAUGGAUGCGAUUCGUGAUGAUAUUGGAGAUGCUUUCUUCGCUGUUAUGAUUGACGAAUCUCGUGAUGUAUCAGUGAGAGAACAAAUGGCAGUUGUUAUACGUUAUGUCAACAAGAAAGGAUGUGUUAUUGAAAGGUUUAUUGGUAUAAUUCAUGUUCUUGAAACGACAUCAAUUUCAUUGAAGACUUCAGUGGAUGCAUUUGUUUUCCAAGUACGGUUUAGAUAUAAUGAGAUUGAGGGGACAAUGUAUGAUGGUGCUAGUAAUAUGCAAGGUUCGACUAACGGAUUGAAAGCACUCAUAUUAAGAGAAAACCCAUCAGCAUAUGUUAUUCAUUGUUUCUCGUAUCAACUUCAGCUGGCACUUAUGCAUGUUGCUCAAAAUCAUACAGAAGUUGCAUUGUUCUUUACUAUAGUUAGUAGAGUUGUUACUAUUGUUUAUGCGUCAUGCAAACGUAGAGAUGUUCUUCGAGAAAAAGAACUUGGUAGAGUGGUAGAACUUGUUGGAAAAGGUGAACGUUUAAGUGGUUCAGGAUUGAAUCAAGAAGCUGGCCUCAAACGACCUUCUGACACGCGUUGGGGUACACAUUACAAUACAUUGUUGAGUUUAAUUUUGAUGUUUCCAUCCGUAUUAGAUAUGUUAGAGAUUGUCAGUCGAGAAGGUUCUAGUGAAGCGAGGGGAGAAGCAUACGCUUAUCAGAUCUUGAUGCCUACAUUUGAUUUUGUCUUUACCUUGUUUUUGGUAAGAACUUUAUUGGGAAUCACUAACGAAUUGUAGCAAGCUUUGCAAAGAAAGGAUCAAGAUAUUGUGAAUGCUAUGAACUUGGUGAAGAUAUCUAAAUACCAACUACAGAGAAUGAGAGACGGUGGAUGGGAUGCACUUCUUAGUGAGGUUUCCAUGUUUUGUGCUAAAAAUAAUAUUAUAGUUCCUGAUAUGAUGUCUACAUAUGUACCACUAGGAAGAGGACGGCGUAAUUUACAGGAAGUGACAAAUCUACAUCAUUAUCAAGUUAGUUAUUUCCAUGAAGUCAUUGAUAUGCAAAUUGAUGCGCUUAAUGAUCGAUUUGAUGAAGUGAACACCGAGCUGCUUCUUUGUAUGUCGCAUUUGAAUCCAAGCGACAAGUUUUCAGCUUUUGACAAAGGUGCGUUAAUCCGUCUUGCUAAACUAUAUCCAACUGAUUUUUCUCAAAUGGAUAUCAUGAUUCUCGACCGACAACUAGAUACCUUUCUUGCUGAUGUUCUUUCUAGUAAUGAUUUUUCUGAAUUAUGUGGUAUUAGUGCGCUUGCCCAGAAAAUGGUUGAAACAAAAAGAAAUAUAAUGUACCCUCUAGUGUACUUGUUGAUUACAUUAUCUUUGAUAUUGCCUGUUGCUACCGCUACUGUUGAGCGAGUUUUUCAGCAAUGCAUAUAGUGAAGAAUCGUUUGUGAAACAGUAUUGGGAAUGAGUGGUUGAACAAUUGUUUACUAACCUACAUUGAGCGGGAACUUUUUCGCAAGAUCAGCACAGACAGGAUUAGACAGCGAUUUCAAGAAAUGGCAACACGUCGCGGACAUUGUUGAAUAUGAAAGCAGUUUGGUUUUUUUGGUAAAGUAUACAAAGUUUUUUUGGGUAUAAAAUUAGAGAACAAUACAUGAUCGAAGAAUGAAUUAACUAACAUAUCUCUAGUAUCGUAUAUUUUGUUGCUACAAAACACUGCCAAGUGUUGUAAUACAAUCUUUCAUGUGUAAUGAAAAUUUUUUUUGGGGUUA